AUGGCCACCCUUGUCGCAUCGUCGUCGUCAUCUUCCGGCUCUCCAUCAUCGGCAGCUGCCCCUUCGACGCCGACGACUGGGAGUGGGCCCACUGCUUCGAAUCAGUCUCCACCACCUAGUUCUUCUCCCAAAUCGCCCACUUCACCUGCUUUACCACCAAAUACUCGAAUGGAAAGUGUCACCAAUGAGGAUGAGGUAAUUGAAUUUCUCCGUGAACACUUCGUCGCUAAAGAACCAAUUCUUUCCAGUCUUCAUAUCUCAAAAAUCGACGAAAUUACCGUGCUGCUUACUGAUGUCGUGCACGAUUGUGUUUCGUGUCCGGCAUCGAGUGUAAUCCGAGAUUCACAAUCCAACGAAUUACUCGGAGUUUGCCUUUCCAGCAGAGCCACGUUGUUUGAAAAGCAGAUGGAUCGGCUGUUUUGUUAUGAGUUCACCGAUCCACAACUACGUAUAGCUAUAGACUUCCUGAAAAUCCGUUUUCAAUCGGGCUGA